AUGGUUUCGUCAAACCGCGCGACGAGACGAACUCUUGUGGAUACGCGCUACGAGUUUUCUCCGUCCCAGCCCUCUCCGCCCUCGGUACCCGUGUACCAGAAGGAUUUCUUUGCUUCAGCAUUGCUUCAAUCCCACCUCGUCCCAGUCGACUCGAUACGUCUCCGCGACACCCACAAAGACAAAAGACACCCGCCGUGCGUGACCAACCCCUCCCCAUCCCCGCUUGACAAGGUCGGCCGAAGACCGCGCUCCGGGCGGUCGACAUUCCGCACUUUCCGUGUCAUGCAGAACGCCCGACGAACGCGACUCGGAACCCGCCACCGGCCAGAUUUGCAGCGGCGGCGUCGACAGCCGAUUCCGAUACCGCGAAACAGGAGGCUUGGCAUGCUCGAUCGUCUGCCCUCUCUAUCUCUUGUCUCUCUCUCUUCCUUCGUAGAGUUCACGGGCUGGGGCUCCGGUGCUUAUUAA